AUGGACAAAGGUGCCGAGAAGCCCAACACUCAUCCCGAAAACACUCUAGGUCUGCCUGGGUACCAUGAUGACCUGCUUCCCGAGCCUGGCUCCAUAUCCAAUGUGCAGCAACCAUUGUCUAGGCCACGACAUGGACGGAAGUACGCGCAGGUUCCUCGGAUGGGGGCUCACGACCCGAUCCCGUUACCUAGCCAGGCUGCCCAAGACUCGGCUGUGCAAGGCUACAAUGAAGUUCGCAGGUCUGCUCCGGAAUUGGUCAAGGCGUUCGAGGAAUGCUUCCACGCCUGGCAGGUCACCUGGAACAGACCAACCAAUUCGUCACAGGCCCAGAUCCGGUGCCAUGUGGACGAGUUCCACGAGCUCGUAGAGAUGGGGCCCGAGAUUCUCCCACUCGUUGUUUACAAGCUCCUCGACAGCCGCAACUUCACGGGCGUCUUCCUCUACAACGCUCUGGAGAAUGAUGAGAGGUAUCUCAUCGACCCUAGUGAUGUCUUGAACUCCCUCGUCCUCCAACGUCAAAACAAUCUCAUCAUCGAGAUUAACCAGGGACGGCAAUGGUAA